AUGAACUCUCGCCAACCGGCAACGACGACUAAGCCGACUGACCCGUCUGGUCGAUUUGCUCACCUCCAUCAUAGGGCACAAGAUCCUGUCUUAUCGGGCACUAGUGGACACUGGCCGUCUGACUAUGUCGCUUCAUCUGCUACUUCUCCCUCAUUCCCUAAUUCGAAGUCCAGCUCAUUGUCUCCUAGUGCACCUUGCCGCCCUCCUUCACGAGUCAGUGAACUAUUUUCAGGUCUUAAAAACACCUUAAUGACGAGUAAUUUGCAGACCUCUGCAUCAACGGGUAAUCAGUCAUCUGUUGCUGGUUGUGCUGAAGACCCCGGUCUACUCGAGCUAGUCCUCUCCGCAAACAAUUUUGGAGCCAUUGAUUGUAGCACGACUGCUUCUUGCCUUAAGGAGACAGGCUCACUAAAGUUCUGUCAAGGCAAGCGGAUUUCGCCAGCUGCCAGUUCUAAUGUUUUGCUUCUGAAAGAGACUUGGCGAACUCCCAGCACACUGUCUCCUGGUCUGCGCAAGUCGCGCUCAGAUAGUGGGAAUAUUGAUAGUCUGCACGAAUGUAUCUGGGAGCAGAACGACGGCUGCCUCGAAGUGGAGGCAAACAGCGUUGAGGAGGGUGAGAGGCGCUUAUUUUCCUCCAUUCUUUCAUUGCCCUGUUCAUAA